AUGAGCGCCCACGAACCCGGCUCGGUGUUCGACAUCACCAUGUUUCGCAACCGCCACGACGUCCACCUGUCUGCCCUACGCAAGUUGGAGAAUGAGACUACAAUCAACGACAACGGCGAGCUCUUUCAAGACUUUCCUGGGUCGUGGACGGUACUCGUGGACAAGAUAUAUGUUGGGUUGACGGGGAUGACACGAGCCAUCCACCCCAAGAAGCGACCGGUGCACGGCGCUCUUGACCGGGCCGACCUCGAGCGCAACACCAACGUGUCGUCGGACCGGGUCAUCGUGGAGAACUUCUUCGGACAUGUGUGUUUCCUAUGGAAGAUAUCGAACUCAACUUUUGUGUGGGGGACCAAGUGCUACGAUUCAAUCCAACGACGCACCUUUGCGCUGACGAACUUCCACUUGGCCUUGAUGCCGCUCCGCCAAGACGAUCGCCACCAGUACCGCGCUGUCUUGGCUCGCUACCGGCGUAUGGCGGAGGAGAACAAUGCCAAGCGUGCGGCCAUCCAUCGUCGCUAUGUCGUGCGUCGUGCGGAGAGAUUGGCGUCGGACUCGCUGCGUUCUGGUGUUACCGCUCGUGGGUCGUUCAUGUCUCCACGUGCAAACAAUCGUCGAUAG